AUGACACCACUUACAAGAUGGUUUAACCGACCCAGAAAGAAUAGUUCACCCACUCGACUAGCUCUAUCAGAAUUCAUGAAUAUUUCAUCCAGUCAACAACAAAAGUUUACAUUUCCAUCUAAUCGACAUGAAUCCAGUCAAAGUAGUAGUAGUCGUACACCCAUGUUGAUUACUUCAUCAUUUUAUAAUCGAGAAUACCCAUUUGAUACACACGAAAGUAUCACGGAUGAGGACAAUGACGAAGAAAAAGAGGUUAUAUCCAGACCAAUUACACCUGAUUUACAACCGCCGCAGUAUCAAACUAUUUAUAAUCAACAAACAUCAUAUGCACCUACGCAAUUGAUGGAUAUACCACAACAACCAUCCUACAACCAUACCCAACAUUACCAUAGUAACAGCAUGCCCCCUUUAACUCAGUAUCAUGUAGAUUACAUGCAAAUGCCACCACCAGAAUCAACAGAGUACAUUAAUAUACCAUCACAAACAGAGUACAUUAAUAUACCACAACAGACACAGUACCUAUCUCAUCAGCCAUCGAUAAGCCGUGAGGAUGUUUUUCAAUCACAUGAGCGACCACGACAGUCACGCUAUCGAUCUACACAAGAAAGAGUACCAACCCCCUAUGUCAACAAUCAAAGAUAUUCCGAUGAAGAAGACGAUCAGCAGGUGAACGGAAAAAGGUUUUCGGCGGACGACAUUGCGCGGUUUGAAAAAUUAAAGGAUGAUUUCAAAAAGCUGGAGAAAAAGCAUAAACGAAAAGAACAACGUGUACAAGAAUUAGAAUACUUGUUGUCUAAAUCAUUGGAAUCACAAGUACUAAAUCAACAUUUAUACUAUUAUCGCCUAGAGGAAAAUAGGCUACGAGAUUACUAUAUACAACAACAGAAAUGGACACACACAAACGAUGUGAGAAAAAACAGGCCAUUUUGA